AUGGCUAAAAUCAAAAGUGGAGAGCCGAUGGAGACUAAGGAACAAAACGCCUACUACAAGCAGUGGGAGGGUCUUAUAACUAAAAGAAUGGUGGACCCAAGUAGGUCUAAGCAACUGAAGAGGGGCCGACAACCAGGAGAAGGUUCAAGUCGCGCUGUGGACGAAAACGGUGGAGGAGAUGAAACCACAAGUGAUGAGGAAGUUCGUCCCAAAACUCGCGGUAAACAAGGAGGUGGUAAGAAGGGUCGACAACAAGGCCAAGGUUCAAUUCGCGCUGUGGACGAAGCCGGUGGAGGAGAUCAAACCCCAAGUGAUGAGGAAGUUCGACCUAAAACUCGUGCUAAACAAGGAGGUGGUAAAAGGGGUCGACAACAAGGAGAAGGUUCAAGUCGCGCUGUGGAGGAAACUAGUCAAGGAGAUGAUACCACAAGUGAUCUAGCAUUGUCAGCAGCUACAGCAAAAAGCUUAUUGUCUAUGUUCCAUUCUAGACACACUGAUUUCACUACAGAUGCUAGAACCUCUCCAGAGUGUGGUGAUGGCACUAAAUUUGAACUCAGUUGUUAG